CCAAUGUGAAAUGGCUGCUUCUGUGACAGUAGCCCACAAGGAAGUAAUAGAGGAAGAGAAGUGCAGGAGGGUGGAACAUGUUGUAAGUGGCUUGAAGACAUUCUCUGGACCCAGGAGAGGCACCGUUGGCCAGCUUGGUGACAACUAAAGAAAUAGAAGGCUCUAGGUCUCGUGCUCCGGCAAUGUCUCCAUCUGACUUUCUGGACAAAUUGAUGGGACGGACAUCAGGGUACGACGCAAGAAUUAGACCCAAUUUUAAAGGCCCUCCUGUUAAUGUCAGCUGCAACAUAUUUAUUAACAGCUUUGGUUCAAUUGCAGAGACAACAAUGGAUUACCGUUUAAACAUCUUUUUGCGCCAGCAGUGGAAUGACCCCAGGCUGGCAUACAGUGAGUACCCAGAUGAUUCUUUAGACUUGGACCCAUCGAUGUUGGAUUCAAUCUGGAAACCAGAUUUGUUCUUUGCAAAUGAGAAAGGAGCCAACUUCCACGAGGUGACAACAGAGAACAAGCUAUUGAGAAUUUUUAAAAAUGGGCUUGUCCUUUAUUCAAUAAGAUUGACUUUAAUUCUGUCAUGCCCAAUGGAUCUGAAGAAUUUCCCAAUGGAUGUUCAAACCUGCAUAAUGCAGUUGGAGAGCUUUGGCUAUACAAUGAAUGAUUUGAUUUUUGAAUGGGAUGCAGAUAAACCAGUGCAAACUGCAGAUGGACUAACCUUACCACAAUUUGUCCUGAAAGAAGAGAAAGAUCUACGCUACUGUACAAAACAUUACAAUACAGGAAAAUUCACAUGUAUUGAAGUAAGGUUCCAUCUUGAGAGACAAAUGGGCUAUUACUUAAUUCAGAUGUACAUUCCAAGUCUUCUAAUUGUGAUUCUAUCCUGGGUAUCAUUUUGGAUAAACAUGGAUGCAGCCCCUGCUAGAGUAGCCUUAGGAAUCACAACAGUGCUCACCAUGACGACACAAAGUUCUGGAUCUCGAGCUUCGUUGCCUAAGGUGUCCUAUGUUAAGGCCAUCGAUAUCUGGAUGGCAGUCUGUCUGCUAUUUGUGUUCUCUGCCCUCCUGGAGUAUGCAGCUGUGAAUUUUGUGUCAAGACAACACAAAGAACUACUCCGACUACGGAAAAGGAAACGAAAGGAUGACGAGGUGAGGGAAAGUCGCUUUAGCUUCACCGCGUAUGGGGUGGGACCUUGCCUACAAACAAAAGAUGGAGUCACCGCUAAAGGUGCAAUCAACGCAUCCCAGACUGCACCAAAAAACCAAGAUGAUAUGAGAAAACUCUUCAUCGACAGAGCCAAGAAGAUCGAUACCAUAGCACGAGCUGGUUUUCCUUUAGCCUUUUUAAUUUUCAAUAUUUUUUACUGGGUCAUUUACAAGAUCCUCAGACACGAGGACAUACACCAACAGCAAUAGUUGUAGGCCUCAAUCAGGCAUCAUUAACAGCAUAUGUCAGUAACAGAAGUAACAUUGAAAGAGAUCUUAGUGUAAUAAUGAGGCCAUAUUGAGCCAGAAUUCAUUUUUAAUACACUGAGCAGUGAUGUUGGAUGAACUAUGCAAAUCUAAAGAGGAACGCAAAUGAAUAAUAAUAGAUAAGUUAUCUAAUGCUUUCUGCAUUUUCACAUCGCACAGAGUACUUGG